UCCAGUGAGCGCAGACGCAAAUCACAAUUCACCUUGAACAGAUUCUUCUUAGUCGAAUCCACGACCAUGUAGUUGAGCACUAAGAUAGACAAAUAGAUAUUUUCUAACACCAGAUUCUCGCAGACCAGAGAGGGAAGAGGUUACUUGGGGAAACUACAACUGCUGCGUCCUUUCGCAACAUAACUUAUCUAUGUACCGGUGUCUGUAGAAAGACCAUGGGAAGGAAUCUUAGGUGCGUGUUGUUUGGACUAGCAGUGGUAGGAGCAGUAUGCUUGCUAGUUUUCACUAGAGGGAAGGGCGUGCUGGUGAAGAAUGUUGACGUGGAGAGUCGAGAGCCGUCGACAGGGACCACGCAGGACAGUAACGCUCCAACGGGGACGGACUCCCAGCGGGUGAAUUCGAGCAAUGCAGGACCAAAAUCUUGUUCCUGCAACCACAGCUCCGAUUCCAUCAGUCCGUUUGGUGGUAGCGGUGCCGAGGAUCGACGCGCAACUGGGCUUCCCGCCGACCCUACAGGCAUCGACAACGGCAGAUCAGCGGUUGGUUCACGUGUUGUCUUGCUGACUUCCAUGCGGACCGGGUCGUCAUUCAUCGGGGAAAUAUUUGGCCGAAACGAUGAUAUCUUUUAUCUCUUCGAACCCGGCCUAGCACUACUGACCGAGCUUCAUUCCCAAGGGGCUCUCUUUCUGCAACCAAUUUACAUGGAUAUGUUGAGUGCCAUCUUCCACUGCAACACAUCGUCGCUUAAUUUUUACAUAAAAUGGCUGUCAAGGCAGUACCCACUCGAAGUCAAGAAAAAAGUACCCCGACUAUUCGAUUUAGUGUGCUACAAGUGGCCAACCGGAAGAACGGGGCUCGCCUGCAGAAAAAUUGACGCCGACCUGUUUGAGAGAAAGUGUCGAGAGAAAAGACACAUUGCGGUUAAGUCCAUUCGCAUUUGGGAUAUCGGGAUGUUUCAGCCACUGAUACAAGACGGCAACGUGAAAUUAAAGGUCGUUCACCUCGUACGAGACCCACGUGGGAUGACUGCUUCGCGAGUGCUGGCUAUGAAUUUUGUUGAUAGCACCAUGAAACAAACUAGAGGCGGGUUCAUUCACGGAUGAAAUGCAAUUGUACUUAAUGGAGUA